GGCCGCCGUAGGGUGUCGUGGCGUUUGUGUUGUGAGCAGACGUGCUACAGUUACCGGAUCAAUCAGAAGUCGAACUUCCUUCUUAUUUUGUCUUUUAACAUAAACCAUUGGACAGUGUUAGCUUCGGUCGGGUCAAAAUGAGGCGCGCCGGACUGGGUGAAGGAGGCUCUGGGAACUAUGUGGCUAGUGGAUAUAGUGUAUACGAGGAAGAAAAUGAACACCUACAGGAGGGACUCAGGGCUAAAGUCAACGCUUUAAAAAGUCUCUCCAUUGACAUUGGCACAGAAGUCAAAUACCAGAACACAAUGCUGGACGAUAUGGACACAGACUUUGACUCCACGGGCGGCCUGCUUGGUGCCACCAUCGGCAGAGUCAAGAAGCUGUCCCGGGGCAGUCAGACCAAACUGCUGUGCUACAUGCUGCUCUUCUGCUUUUUCGUCUUCUUUGUCCUGUACUGGUUUAUCAGGUUGAGGUGAUAGGAGGAUCUUAUUGGACUUUGCUCUUCCAGUUUGUGCUUCAAUGACACAUCUGAACCAGACCAGGAUAAUAAAGAGAAAAGGCAGGGAUGUGGUUUUUUUUUUGUUUUUGUUUUUUUUAAAGUCAUUACACUUUAAUAUGUGCCACAGUGUCAGGCUUUCAAACAAUGACUCGAGAAAAAGUGUAGAAAGGCCUACCAAUGCUUUUUAAAGGAGUACUAAAAAGUAUAAGUGGUUUAGGACAAUGUCUGAGAAAAUCAAUAAUCACAGGAAAUGUAGUGCAUACUGUAUGCAUAGAUGAAGCAGACAAUAUCAGUAUUUACGGUGUUUAUACUUAAUAUCUGACCAGUUAACCUGGAUUGAGAAGAGCAUGAUUUAUGACUGUAGACGAUACGGCAGUGUCGAGAACUGUAAUCCUCAGCAAUCAGCUGAGUUCAACUUGAACAAGUUAUAGAAUGAUCUGCAUAAUCUAGUGUAUGCGCUAGAUUAUGACAUUCUAUUGUCAUAAGACGACCACACGUGCGACAGUAGUGUACGUCAUUGUUUCAUCUUUAUUGUAAAAAUAUUAAUGUAAAUAAACAAAUUUUAUGCUCUGGA